AUGAGCUUGAUUGUGGUAGAUAUGGGACAGGCGCAGCUGUUAGCCGCGAAAAACAGUGCAGUCAUGGGGUUGGACCGGUUACGAAUCAUAGGGCAGUGUAUUGGAAUAGAGUUGAUAUCUGGCGAUGCAUUUAAGGUCAAACUGGUAGUACAAAGCGUUCAAGAGCUCAUCACGAGAGAAAGCUUCGACAACGGAAGCAGCCUGGAAAUUUUGGUAGGAGAACAGAUUUAUCGCCGGUGCCUAGGAGCGCUUGUAGAAGGCAGCGUGUGCGAUUCGAUGUGUUGCGUGGUGGAAGGUGAAAUUGAAGCCAUGGACGUGCGGAUUUGGACGUUGUCAGACCUCAAAGCAUUUAGAGAAUUCUGGAACAGCUCUACCGGAAGGCAAUGGAGAUCGAUUAAUGCGACAUAUGGCUAG